GGCUUGCGCGAUGCAUCCUGGAUACACGGUGUUUUUAGCCGAUGGAACUGUUGUUAGCUCUAUGAUGUUGUUGAAUUGGCUUCAAAUUAAGCGUAAAUGUGCCUGUUUUUCUCGCGAUUUCGUAUUUGUAGUUAAUAUCAAGGAUAUUUAAAGCGCUUUCACAUGUUUACAGAGCGCAGGUGAAAUAGGUAGGCUGAAUGCUAAGCUAUAGGCUAUGGGCUGGUUAAAAGGCUAGGUGGCUAAGUCAGCGCAAGUGUUAGAAGUGCUGUUUUAUGGUCUUAUUUUGACCAUGUCUUCCGUGUGCUCUUAAUUCAGCGCAAUAGAGGGUGAGUUUGGUGACAAGUUGGAGCAAAAAUGGAUGGUAACGUCGACAGUGACGACAUAGUAAUUAUCGUGGAAAACGAAGCCGAGGGCAGACCAGCUGGGGAGGACCGGAGGAGGCAACAGGACACGUUCGGACUCAUGGAUACUUGUCCCAUCUGCAAGCUGAGCUUCCACAACAGAGAACCCAAACUCCUCCCCUGUCUCCACUCUUUCUGUAAGCGUUGCCUGCCGGAACCGUUCACUCGUGAAAGUCAAGUCGAACGAAACAAAGCAGUGGUUGCGCUCCGGUGUCCAAUAUGCUGUCAGGAAUGCUGGGAAUCCGACUUGUUGGACAACUUUUUUGUCAAGGACUCUGCAGAGGUACCGAGCAGCACUGUAGAGAAAACUCGACAGGUUUGUAUGAGCUGCGACGACAACACGGAGGCGACAGGAUACUGCGUGGAGUGCGCAGAGUUUUUGUGUGUGACGUGUAUUGAGGCUCACCAGAGGGUCAAGUUUACCAGGGACCACACCAUUCGCCAAAAGGAGGAGAUGUCGCCAGAAGCAGUGGGGGCGUCCACACAGAAGCCUGUCUUCUGUGAUGUCCACAAGCAGGAGCCGCUCAAGCUGUUCUGUGAGACAUGUGACCGACUCACAUGUCGGGACUGUCAAUUACUAAAGCAUAAAGAGCACAACUACCAGUUUUUGGAGGACGCGUAUAAGAACCACAGGCAGUAUCUGGAGAAAAUGACGCAACAGUUGCAGGAGAAGAGGAAAACCGUCCAGGAUUUGUCGAGCUGCAUCAACAACGGUCUGCAGCAAGUUGAUGUGAAUCGGAAGUCUGUCGCCAAUGAGAUCAAAAAGGCGACAUGUGACCUGAUCUUGGAGGUGAACAGGAAGGGCAAGAUCCUUUUCAACCAGCUGGAUUCUCUCACCAAAGACCAUGAGUCCAGCUUGAAGAAGCAGCAGGAGGAAGUGAACCAGCUGAGCCGGCAACUGGACCACGUCAUCCGUUUCACCAAAUGGGCCGUGGCAAGCCAGAGCGGCACAGCGCUGCUCUAUUGCAAGAAGCUGAUUCUGUAUCAGAUCCACUGCAUGAUGAGAGCAGGCUGCAACCCUGCUGUGGUGCCUCAGAGUUCAGUCCGCUUCAUGUGCAGAUCAGCAUUCUGGGCCACCAAUGUAGAACUCGGCACUUUGGUUGUCGAUAAAACUCCAAGUCGAGCACCUGUCAUCAACCAGCCAAUCGGGCCUCGAGCAGAUUUGUCCACCGGUGGUCUGUCAGCUCUCGCACAGCAACGACUGACCACCCUGGCUCAGCUGCAGAUGCAGGUGGAAAAACUUCCCCAGCAGUAUUACAGACAGCCUGCGCCUCAACACUGGAGCAGUUACCAGAAUGUCAGGGCUCCCGGACCUGUCCAUCCGACAAGUCGCAUGCAUGGAGACUCGUCACCCUCUAACAUAACUCAACCAGGUCGCAGGUAUGGGACGACCCAGACCAACACUAGGAGCCCCAACAUGCUUCACAACCCUGGCUUCCCCACGCCGCAGCCACUAAAGGACAUGCUCCACACAUCUAACUUGCACCUCAAACCGAUGGAUGUGUCACAGGGUCCAUCCCACUUUCAGUCGCCCGCGUCCACGCAGUCCCAUCUCAACCAGCGAAUUUGUGCUCAGUCAUUCCUGCAAAGGCGCAGUGAAGCAAGCGUGUCGACCGCUCCCUCCAUCACCAUCUCUGUCCCGAAAGUCAACUUCUCCAGUCUGGUGCCAGCUGGAGGCAACAGGACAGGAAACCAAAGCACGACAACAGUUAAAUCAUCUUCAGAUUUCAGUCGAGGGAUGACAACGACAAGAGCUCCUGUUGUGACUCCACCGGCCCCAAAACGGAGGAGAAGGGCAUCUCCGGGGCCCAUUAUCGUCAUCAAAGAUGAACCAGAGGAUGAAGAUGAAGUUCGAUUUGUACAGUCCAGUCUGCCAGACAGCAGCACAGGAUCCAAGCCCAGGCAGCAUCCGAAAUUUGCAGCUCCUGCUCAAGUUGUGAGGUCUGACUCCAGCACAGCAGUUGAACAACAAUCUGGGCCGUCAGGAGAACCAGAGCCAGAGAAGAAAGCCAUCGAGCCUGAGGAAGACCCGAAUGAGGACUGGUGCGCUGUCUGUCAGAAUGGGGGAGAAUUACUCUGUUGUGACAAGUGUCCCAAGGUUUUCCACCUCACCUGUCACAUCCCAUCACUCAACGAGUCACCCAGCGGUGAGUGGUUUUGCUCAUUCUGUCGAGACCUGGAUUCACCUGAGAUGGAGUACGACGGUGGAAGAAAAGACACGGCACCGUCAGGAGGUUUGGAUCCAGCAGACAGAAGGAGGUGUGAGCGUCUUCUUCUCCGCAUGUACUGCAACGACUUCUGCACCGACUUCCAGCAGCCAAACGCUGUCUCUGAGACAAAACGCUACAAGGAGCUCAUCAGCAACCCCAUGUACCUGUCCACAGUGAAGAGGAGGCUGGAAGAGGUGAAGGAGAGCGAGCGCUACACACGCCCAGAGGAUUUAGUCACCGACGUACGACUCAUCUUCUCCAACUGUGCCAAGUAUUACAAGCCGACUUCUGAGGUUGGCAGUGCCGGUUUGUACCUAGAGGACUAUUUUGAGGAGCAGCUGAAGCUCAUCUUCCCAGACAAGCUGUUUCCUGGAAGCAGGGAAGAGGAGAUGAUCCCUCCAUUGGAGGAUGAGAUCGAUGAGGAUGAGGAACAGAUGACCGCUGACAUCCUGACUUCAAAGGAGGAAGGUCAUCCUGGAGGAGAACAAGUGGAUCAGAAGGAAGAGACCAUGCCAGUGGAGGAGAGUAAGAUGGAGGAGAUAACUGAAAGAACAGGGACAGCAAUGGAGGAAGAAAAAAAUGCUCCUUGUGAGGGGGAGGUGAGUCAGGAGCUGGAGACGACAGGGGAGAAGAGAGCUCUGACUCCUGCUGAAGACCCAAAUAGUGAUGGUUCUUCUGAAUCUAGAACUGAUGAACGAUUGGAGGAGGAGCAACAAAGGAGACAGCCACAGGAAGAGAAGGAGGAGUGCACGGAAAUGGUGAAGCAAAUGGACAAGGAGGUGCAAUUGGACAAGGAGAUCAAGAAAGAGAAGGAGGAGCUGUCGGACAAGAAGGAGACUUUACAAGAGGACAUGCAGAAAGAUGAGCAUCAGGACAAGGGAAUGCUGAAAGACAAUAAGGCUGGACCUGGUGAGGAGAAGGGGGAGCAACAGGUAGAGAUGACUGGACAACAGGAAGAUAUGUCAAAGUCAGCCUUAUGAACCAAAGAUGCAUGCAUGGAUUUGGAGCUGUGUCUUCUCCAGAGGCACAUCUGCUACUGUAAACCGGAUCUCACUCGGAACAUGAUCCAUUAUUGCCAUUUCCACAUCUUUAACAUAUUAGAUGGACUUGUACAGAGCAAUAGAAAAGAUGAUCACGCAUGCCGGACAUCCGGACUCUCUUAGCCUUUUACCACUAACAUUUUGAUGUUACCAUUUUAGCUUUCUAGGAAUUUGUGCCACAGACACAGGAACUGUUUGUCGCUGGCUCCGAAAACAAUCUAGGAAUUGAACUUAUUCUGCUCCCUAUUGAAAAAAGUGUGGAGUUGUAUUACAUCCUCAAGAACUUGAGUGAUGAGCCUUAUCUGUAAGUUCUUUGACUGCAUUUGUAUAUUUGAAGAGGAGAAGUAAACAUUUAUGCACACGUACUUGUCAGUCAUUGCACAACAAUCUUAAGGUAACAUUCUCUGAAAGACUUAAAACUUCUUUCAACUGUGUAAUGAAUCAACUGCUCAAUUUUGUCAGCUAAACUGUUUUUAUUUUAUUUAUUUAUCACUAUUUUUUUACUGACAAAUGUAUCUUUUAGAAGAUCAUUUCACUUGUUUUGAUUAUUGGCUGAAUAAAUGUAGUUUAUUCCUUAUUCAGCUCGGAAGGCAGGGUUUUUUCACAGCUGUUCUGAAACUUGUGCAUUAUCAGACAGACAGUCUGUAUUUAUACAUCUUUUAUCAGCCUAAAGGGUGAUUUGGAGAAUCCGCAUUCCACUUUCACACGGUUCAAGGAAGGUCACUGCCUUUCGCUGUCUGGAUUCUUGGUAAACUUCUGCCACUCGUUUUUCUGUGGCCUUCAGAGACAAAAAGGAAAUCUGACUUGGAGAGUUUCACUCGUGAUGUAAGUACUUCCAUCGGAAAAGCAAAUUAUGUCGAAGCUUGUGGCAAUGGAACCUCUCCAUAAAAAUACUGUUUCAUUGUAAAGAGUCACUUAACAUACUAAUCUUAUAACACAUUAUUACGUCACAUAAUUACAGAGACCAGUUGUUCUUGCAUGAGAAAUCAACCGAUGUUCUGAAAUAACAACAUGGGUGACGAUCAACAUUAUUG